AUGCAAAUCGUGAUCGUUGGCUCAGCUGUCAACGAUCAUAAGAGGAAAGAGGACGGUCUGGUCGGCGCUACAGCCAAACUCGCUCUGUCCACUGCGAAAUCUCCCAGUCGAGGUAGGAAAGACUAA